UUGCAGACCCCUGUGCUAGGCAAUGCCACACUUGACAUUGCCAUCACAGGGCGUACAGGUGCUGGCAAGUCUUCUCUUGUCAAUGCCUUGCGGGGUAUGACAGAUUUUGAAGAGGGCUCAGCUAGGGUAGGGCUGAAACAGACAACCAUGAUUGCGAAAAAAUAUCAGCACCCGAAGUUUCCCAAGGUGACACUAUGGGAUCUACCAGGAAUUGGAACAGAUGAAUUCAGAGCAGAUGAAUAUCUGGAGAAGGUAGAUUUUAGCAAAUACGAUUUCUUUAUCAUUGCUUCAGAACGCUUUACAGAGAGUGACACCCAGCUGGCACGUGAGAUUCAGAAAAUGAAAAAGAAGUUUUACUAUGUGCACCCUAAAAUUAAUCUUAGCAUGGCUGCUGAAAGAAGGAGACCCACCUUCAAUGAAAUGGAGACACUUAAGGACUUAAGGCAAGACUGUUGCGAUAAACUGAGAAAACUGGGAGAGGCUUCUCCAAAGGUUUUUCUGAUAUCAAAUUGGGAUUUGAGCAUGUAUGAUUUCCCCAUUCUGCAAGAAACCUUGCAGAAUGAACUAGAUCAUCUCAAAAGACACGCCUUCCUUCUCUCAAUGCCAACAUUCUCAAGAGAUAUCCUGAAGAAGAAGAAAAUUGAGAUGAGGAACCUUAUUUGGAAGCAGGCCCUUGUGGCUUUGUAUUUUGGCUCUGUGAAUCGGUUAACUCUCCUAUUAUCUUUCCAUGUUUCCUUCUUGUUGACAACACUCAAAAAGCUCUGCAUGGCUUUUGGGUUGGAUGAAGAGUCCCUGAGGAGGCUUGCAAACCGGGUUGGUAAACCUCUAAGUGAGCUGAAAUCAGUUAUUAAGAAGUCUCCACUGGCUAAUGAGAUCAGCGAAGAAUUUGUACUUGAUCUCUUGGCCAGGUCAGAGGUGUGGAAAGCACAGACAGUGCUAGAACAGAUUGUUGAGUUCAUACCUGUGUUGGGCAAUUUAGUUAGUGGAGCUGAUUCUUUCAGAACCAUCUACUUCAUGCUGCAAUGCUUUCUGCAAGAUGUCGAGGAAGAUGCGGAGAAUGUUUUUGCAAAAGCCUCUGAGCACUGAAAGUCCCAAGUAAAGACCCAACCCCUACCUGCUAGUGUUUAGAGAUCUGCUAUUAACAUGGA